CCCGUUCCAAGGAUUCUGUAUACAGAGAGCGCCGGACGAUUGCGGUCAACAUGGAGAUCGGGACACGGGUACUCCGUGGCCCUGACUGGGCAGGCGGUGACAUUGACGGAGGUGAAGGUCACCUAGGGACUGUUGUCAAUGUACUAGGGGAGACAACCUGCGAAGUGCUAUGGGACAAUGGAAAACAGGGUACAUGUCGUUCGGGAGCACAAGGGAAACACGACUUGCUUGUGUUUGACACUGGUCCAGCAGGACUGCAGCAUACGGGAAUUCUUUGUAACGGAUGUGACGCAUUUGGAAUAGCAGGAGCACGCUGGACAUGCAGCACGUGCAAGACGUGCAAUCUGUGCAGCGUGUGCUAUGGGAACGCUGAACAUGAUAUCACCCAUGACUUUAUCAGAUAUGACACGCCAGGAUGCGAAGGUGUCAAGGUCCCACCACGGAGAAGAAGCGUUCGAAUACAAGCUAUGGGCUUAUUUCCAAAGGCAAGAGUUACACGAGGAAACCACUGGUCAUCGAAAGAUGAAGAUGGCGGAAAAGACUGUGAAGGUGAAGUGAAGGCUGUUGAGGACCACCCAUGUGGAACCUCGUUCAGGAGCAUGGUGAAAGUCGUGUGGGAUUGCGGAAACACCGGGUCGUACCCUGCUGCCCAUGAGGGUAAGGUGGAGGUCAAGUUUGUCACAGAGUAUCCGGGAACGUUUUACUACAGGGAUCAUUUGGGGCUGUUCACCGGGUCCGGAAAUGCAGCAAAAGAUGGAGCAAAACAUGCACAGCGACAGUCCGUCCCCAGAGUCACGUUAUCCCAGGGUGAUCGUGUGUGUAUACGUGUGGCCACAGAGGAACUACAACAGCUACAAGAGAACAUCAAUCAGUGGAAUCCCGAAAUGCUCCGCUGCUUGCCGAUGUAUGGAACUGUCAAGGGCUACAAGAAGACGGGCCAAGUGGAGGUAACCUUCUCAAUCAGAGGAAUUUGUGAAGGAGGAACGCACGUCGUAAACGAAAAGGCGUUGAAAAAGAUUGACACUUUCAAAGUUGGCGACAGCGUGCGGAUCAUAGCAGAUGAAAAUGAAAUGAAACGAUAUCAGUUUGGCCAUGGUGGAUAUAAUCCCAUUAUGGCACGGACAUUGGGCAAGGUUGGAAAGGUCCGUGAGGUCAACAUACUCGGUGACAUAGUGGUCAGUUUCGGCAGGCUUAUGGCUCAGUUCAACCCUGCGUGCUGCAGUCUUGUCCAGCAACAACCAGAGGACCACCUUGGGGACCCGGAUGCUGGCCAAAACACACUGGAAGGGCACCUCCUCUCUGACGUGUUCAUACCCACCAUCGUGGACGGCAGGCCCACGACAGACAAAGACCUGAUUGCAAAGGCAAACGGAAUGUUUGAUGCCUUUUCCAUGCAGAAUUUCAGCCUCUUUAUGAUGAUUUUUAAGUUGGAUGCAAGACUGAAAAAUAUCAUUCAUAAUGGAGUAACGCCCCUGACACUGGCCUGUUCCAACGGCAUUGUCGACGUCGUGAAGCAGUUGCUGGAUGAAGGCGUGGACAUCAACCAGCCGGAUGCGGGACUUCAGACGCCCUUGCUACACACCCUUUUCAAGGAAAGAGAUGCUGUUCUCGAAAUGCUGUUGGCGCGAGGCUGCGACGUGAACAAGGCGGGACAGCAAGGCAUCACUCCGUUACAUCUGAGUGUCAUAAAUGACAAGACAGCAUAUGUGAAGCUUCUGGUGAAGAAGAAAGCAGAUGUCAACAUUCGGGACCAGAAUGGAAACACGCCCAUUCAUAUUGCGUUACGAAUGGGCAGAAAAGACCUGGUGUCCAUCAUGCUCGAAGCUGAACAUAUUGAUCACAGAGUAUGCAACAGAGGCAACUUCAACAACCUACAGCUGGCAUCAUUGAUUGGAAACCCUGAACUUCUCAAAAGAGUGAUGGAUGUGACGCCCCUCGACGUGGUUGACGUUGGGAUGGUGGACACGCGGUUCACAGCGUUGCAUAUUGCUGCUAACAAUGAUCAUACCGACUGUGCCAGAAUUCUCAUCGAAAAGGGCAAGGCGAAUGUGAAUGCACAAAACACCCAGGGCCUGACACCUCUCAGUCUUGCCUGCUCCAGGCUCAAUGACACCACUGUGGCUCUACUCUUAAGAAAUGGUGCUGACGUCCAUGUCGCCGACAGUGCAGGGGAUACGCCGCUUCACUUCACGAUCCGUCCACCCAUGGACCUGGCUUUUAUUAGGUUUCUGGGGGUUCCGAUAUCUGACGACAACCAGGUGCGCGUCAAGAUAGCGUGCCUGCUGUUACAGAGCGGGGCGAGUGUGUACAGAAGAAACGCCCAGGGUAAAACAGCCCUUGACUGCAACGAGAACUCGGCUAUCAGAACAGCUGUGAUGACAUUCUCGGAACAGAUGGGACGGUCAUCAUCAACUUCAACAGCAGUAUCAGCUUCAACGUCUACUCAGCCCGAGACGUCAGAGGCAGACAGGCCAACUAUAUCCCUUCCUUGCUCCAACUGUUUGACCAGAACAGUGGACAUUCGACUCAAACCGUGUGGUCACAGGUUCCUGUGUAGCGAGUGUGUGGCUACCGUCAAGCAAUGUCCCUGUUGUAGACAGAGCUUUGAGGACGUGGAGGAAUUCCAGGUUCGGAUCACACAGAUCAAUCAUGUAAAGUUCAGUGAACUGUCAACUUUGGGGCAGGACCGAACCAGGCAGAUACGUCGAUGUCAACAGAAGAACAGAAAUAUACAAAGCAAUAUUUGUUGAAAGCAGCAAAGUCGCUGUAAUUACAAAUUGUAUGUUUUUUUAUCAGUAUUAAUGAGUUACUUGUAAAGUCGAAUGAUUUUAUUUUCUACCAAAUACAUCCAUACCCUCCACUGAAACUAAACAGAGGACUAACAAACUAUAUAUCAGACUAGUGCUUAGACUUACAAUGACAGUCAUUAGUAUUCUGCGUAUCAUUCUUGCAGAUGCUAUAUGUUACAGAUCUGACCCUAACUUAUGUGGUUUCAUAUUCAAUUGAAAUGACUCAAAGUUGAAUUUUUAUUUUUAUAUUUAGUACUGUUUAUGUACGUGUGUGACGUAUUUCAUCGCCGUUGUAAUGUCAGUUUAGUUUAAUGUCAUCUGGGACAAGUGUUCAUUACCCUUAGACUAUGUCUGAGAUAUGAACUAUUGCAUCAAGGCUAACACGUGUUGCUUUAUUCACUUGGUACCUGUGAAGAUGGUUGUUUAUGCCUUUAGUAAUGUGUCAGGUUGCUUUUGUUUGAUGUGAGCAGAUUCUAUUACUGAGCAGACACGUAGUGAACUAAGACAGGGACGAAAUUAUAUAAACUUCUCAAUCACUUUUUUGAAACACGCAUGUACAUAUACAUAAAUAAUUUAGUUAAG